CAUAUUUCACACAUUCCCACAAACCGCGUCCCUUUCAUCCGGGCCCACCCACUUAUAUAUAUUCUGUCUAUUUACCAUUUCGCCCCCCACGAAAUUCCAUUUAUCCUCCUCACGUUCCCUUCCCUUUUCCUUCACUCGCAGUUGUGGAAUAUUCUUACUUAGCUUAAGCAGUUCAGCUCAUUUCUCUCUCUCACACAAAAACACACACACACACACACACACAGAAAAAAGAAGAAGAAACUUCAUUAGUUGUACUGAUAGUAGAUUCCGAUGGUCUCGAUGAGUAGCUGGAUCUUAUCCAUGAAGGUUAUUCUGAUUUCAGCCGGAGUUUUAUCCCUAGCUACCGUGCUGAAAUUUUCUGUUCCUGUCGCGGUGAGUGGUGCUCCGGCGGCGUGGUCCUUUCUUCUAUCCUGGCUCAAGCCUCCUUAUUUGUACUUAAUCAUCAACGGAAUCAUCCUCACCAUCGCCGUGACCUCGCGCUUCCACCACCACGGCCAGCCGGCGGAACCGUCGUCCCCGUCGGCAGCCGUUCGAUCUCACCACUUGAUUUCGGUCAAGACGCCUCCUCCGUCGAUUUACGUGUCGUCGUUCUCAGUUCAGUCGGAUAUCAGCACUGCUGCUGAGGAUCCGUCUCCGGCGCCGGCGCCGGCGGAGGCUGUGGUGCCGGAGGUGGAAGAUGAUACUGAAGUUGUAGAAUUGAAACCUGUGAUCGUGAAUGGUUCAAUGGUCGAUAUCGAAACAGAUGAAGAAAUAGUCGCUUCGAACGAAGGCGAAGACGUAUUUAUCGAGUCGACGUUCGCCUACAACACCACCCUGCCGGAGGAGAUAAUUUCUCCAGAGGUUCAAUUGCAGUUUCCGUUGCCGGCGAGGGAGAAACCUCUGGUUUCCUCUAGAUUCGGUCACCGGAAACCUAACAGAAGCAAUCCAGAAGGUGUGAGGGCACUGCGGGUGGCGAGGCCGAAGAGGCAGGAGACGCUGGAGAGCACAUGGAAGAUGAUAACGGAGGGGCGUCACGUGCCUAUCACGAGGCACCUGAAGAAAUCCGACACGUGGGAGCACCACGCGGACCCCACCACAGUCGACCACGUGCUCAAAUCGGAGACGUUCAAGGACCGGAGCAACUACGAGGCGCCGGCGCCGGCGAAGACGAUUAGAAAGGAAGCGUCACUGAGUCAGGACGAGUUGAACCGGCGAGUGGAAGCGUUCAUCAACAAGUUCAACGAGGAGAUGAGGAUGCAGAGGCAAGAAUCAUUGAACCAGUACAAGGAGAUGAUGAACGGUGGGGCUUAGAUAUUCAUUAUAUUUCAUAUUUAUUCAUUAUUUUUUCUGAUUACAAUUAAAAUUAAAGGAUUAUGACCAAAAAAAAAAAUUUGUUUUUAUUAAUUUUGAUUUUUGGGUUUUGAUAUAAAAAGCUGGUUAAGUUAGUUGAUUGGGAAAACGAUACAGUCAGACUAACAGAAUAUUUAGGUAGUGUCUGUUGUAAGGUGAUAAUUACAAGUGAUUGUUCUUUUGUUUUGUUUUUGGUAGGUGUGUAUAUGAAUGAAUUAUUUGUAAGUA